GAAUGGAACAAGUCGAAAUCGGCCAUUCGCUCGAAUGAGGGGGAGAUCGGCGGGUAUGAAAAGGAGCUGAAGGUCAAAACAGGCAAGGCACAGAUGGUCGAGAAGGUCCAGAAGCAUUCUCCCGCAAACACCUGUCAUUCUCAGCAUGGAAUAUCCAUGCGUAUUCUCUCUGGCUGUUUUAUUGCAUGCAAAGACUACUCAGUGCAAUGCAGCUGCCUAGUCAUUUAUCCAGAGCUGUGCGCGCAAUUGCACACAUCACCAUAUCCACAAAUUCCCAUCUCCACCCCGACAGUGACGCAAGAAGUUUGAAUUUUCACGGUGCUUCAACGAAACGUCAUAGAAACGCUUCACUGCCGAGCACCGAGUUGCACAGUGGCAAAAGAUAUUUAUUGUGUUAAGCAUAUUACUAGUCACAAAAUGCUUGCCACAUCCGCUUUGAGCGUCCCCAUGCGUUCGUUGACAGGUGCCCCGAGGUGUUUGCCGGCAUGGUCAGCAUUCCAAAUUCGUGGGUUACGUUCCGGCAAUCAAACAGAACAAGUGGAUGUAUAUAAUUGGAAACCCCCGAGCUAAAUGGCGAUUUUCAUGUUGAAAAUCUAGUGUAAAAGGUAAAUUUUCCCACAAAUCACCUUUGACUACUGGAAUGUACCCCUCAUUCACCUGGUUGAACCCCGUUGAAGCCCUACAGCUUCCGCGUUGCCAUCGGAUAGGCUUGGACACUUGCUGGAGGGACGUCGACGACCCCCUCCUCCAGACAUACCAGAGAAGGAGCGCCUCAGGAAUGAUUUCGAGAUCAAACCCUGCAAGCCAGUCCUUGGCUCCAAACGUACCGGCGUGUUGGCCUACAAGAUUGGCUGCAUGUCUCUUUGGGACGAGUGGGGUGUGAAGCACAUGGUGACUGUGUGUCAACUCGAUCGGCUUCAUGUUCUGAAAGCUCAAACCUUGCAGAAGGAAGGCUAUGAGGCGCUUCGCUUGGGUUUGGGCUACAGAUCCAUUCAUCGGAUCAAUCGCUCGGAGAUCGCAAACUAUAUCAAAGCAGGGGUAGCGCCCAAACACCAUGUGGGAGAGUUUCGGGUCUCCUCUGAUUGCCUGCUACCAGCAGGAUUUCAGUUGACAGCAAGACAUUUCGUCCCUGGACAGUGGGUCUUCGUGUCCGGAUGGACCAAAGGACGAGGAUACCACGGUGUCAUGAAACGAUGGGGCUUCCAGGGUGGAGGAUCUGACCAGCACGGGCAUAAGAAGAACCACCGUUCCGCGGGCUCGUUGGGUCAGCGUGGCAUCGGUAAGGUGUGGAAGUACAAGAAGAUGGCGGGUCACAAAGGUCCGGACCCCCGCUGUGUCAAUGCCAAGGUGUUUCGCAUCGAAAGUGCGCGAAACUUGAUUUUCCUCAAAGGACCAUUGCCGGGCUACAAGGGAAGCAUCGUGAAGAUCAGCGAUGCACGUGGAAAAACUGCCCUGAAGAAUCUCCACAUCCGCUUGCCAUAUCCAACCUUCGUCCCAAUGCCAAACGUGGAGUACCCUGUGACCCUUCAGGAACCUCCCCCACAAAGAGAUCCUUUCCUGUAUCCUGAGCAACCUUUGUACCAGCCAGAUGAUUGAUAAAUUGCAUUUCAUUUGACAUGAUUUGAAAA